AUUAAUGAUAACAAAUUAGCAUUUAAAAUGUAUUCAACGCGUUAUUUUAUCCUUAUUUUGAGUAUACUGGAUGACAAAUGCUUGUUACAUUCGCUGUACAUAAACAAUUCUAAAAUGAGUUUCGAAAACAAAGUCGUCAUCGUAACGGGUGCAAGUUCUGGAAUCGGAGCAGCUACAGCUAUCCUUUUCUCCAAAGAGAAAGCUAACGUAACCCUUGUAGGACGGAACGUGACAAAGCUAGCAAAAGUAGCUGCUCUUUGUAUCACGAAGCAUCUAAUCGUGUGUGCAGACAUUUCCAAUGAAGAUGAAGUAAAAAGUAUCGUCGAACAAACUCUCAAAGAAUUCGGCAAGAUUGAUAUACUGGUAAAUAACGCGGGGAUAAUGAAAAGUGGAACAAUCAGAAUGGGAGAUAUUCUAAACGCGUUUGAUGACGUGAUGGCUACGAAUACACGCGCUGCUAUACAUCUGACAUGUUUGUGCACAGAUCACUUGAUUGCUAGCAAGGGUAAUGUCGUAAAUGUGUCUAGUGUAGCAGGUAAAGUGUUAUUGUCACCAUCAGGCAUGCUUGCCUAUGGCAUCUCAAAGGCUGCAUUGAACUUAUUCAGCCAAGGUGCAGCUGUAGAAUUGAGCGAGCAUGGAGUUAGAGUGAAUUCAGUCAGUCCCGGACCAGUUGUAACAGAUAUAAUACUAAACUCAGUGGGCGUUGAUACUACAGUUACCUGGAAGGAUUUAGAAGAUAUUACACUUCUCCAAAGAGUAAGUGAACCGGAUGAGAUAGCGGAACUUAUAGUUUACCUCGCGAGUGACAAAUCGAGGGGCAUCACUGGCUCAAACUUCGUUUCUGAUAACGGAUGUAUGCUAAAACGUUAAUUUAAAAUAAAACUAUGCCAUGUGAAGUUUUCUUUUUAUUUUCUCAAAGAAUGCCGUGUUUUUUUAUAACUGAAUAAAACUCGUUA